GGGUGAGGGUAGACCGAUAGGGGAAUCUGGAGGAAACGGAAACGAACGACUUGAAAUUGGCUGAGUCCGUGGAUAGAUAUGUGGUAGAUACAAAGGAGUAAGGAUUCUAGAUAUUGGGGCCUGGAGCACAAGGUGAAAGUAAGAAAUCGCCAAAACAAUGGAUUACGGAGAUUCGCACCGCCGAUUUCUGAAAUGUUUGAUGGCAGCCAACAACGUAGUUGCCCAAAACAAAACGAUUGAGAUGUACUGUCAAUGUAGGAAUGGGGAUGAUGAUAAAAUGCCUGAAGAUGCCACUCUGGAUGUCGGCAUUCCUAAAUUCAUUGAGCAAAUUAACCAGCAGAUUGAACCAUUGAACUUGUCCAUCAAACUCGUCACUUGCGAAGCUACAGGAGAGAAAUUUUACGUAUUGUACACCGCCCAAGAAAACGAGCUUACAAAACUUGUUGCUGCUCGUCAGUGGGGUCGAAAUGAAAGAAUGGUUCUCAAAACCAUUGUGCGGAGCAUUGUGAGCAGCUCCCAUGGGAAAGUUACCGUGGCUACCUGCGCCAGGGAUUGCGCGGAGCUACCUGACAAGAUCAAGAGAGCCGAUGUGGUCAAAGCUCUGGAAACCCUACUGCGUGAAAAUUGGCUCAUUGAAGUUGAUGGCCAUGUCUAUAUUGGGACAAGAUCCAUGGUCGAAUUGAAAAAGUUCCUCAUGGAUGAGUUUAAAGAGCAAGCUGGCAUUUGCAAACUGUGCAUAGAACUGGCCCUGAGGGGUGAAUCAUGCCCUUCAAACUGCGGAGUUAAGGUGCACCAGACUUGCAAGAAAGUCUACUUCUCCAAGUCCAAGAAGCAGGUGUGUAUGGGAUGUAGCAAGCCAUGGCCUGACAGUGACAAAUAGCUGUAUGGAGGAAGGAUGGGGAAAUAAACUCAAAAAAUUGAACAAAUUUGACUGGUUUAUUCGCUCUUUAAAGUUAUUACUGGCUACAGCUCAUUUCUGCAUACAUAUUUACAAAUUAAUGCUCACUUAUGCUCUUAAAUGGUGUUGCAAUCUAAAAUUAUCUCCUGCUGGCGUAAGGCAAAAAUAUGUUUGUUCUCCGUUAAGCCAACGGAAAGAACGGCUACGUUCUCGGUUCCAUU